CUUUGCUCUUCUCUGGAAAAGGGUUGCUGGGCUGAGAUUUCAUCAUGUCUUUUCAACUUUCUGGUGGAUCCAGGCAGAUCUGCCCGGGAACUGGGACUGUCAGGCUGUCCGGUGGAGGGAUGGGCUUUGUGCCUGGGAAUGUGUGUGUUGGGCCGGGAGCAGGAGGCAGCUUUUCUUGCACUCUUGGAGGUGUUUCUUCUGGAGGGAGCUUUUGCAAUGAUGGUGGAGCAAUAGGAAGCAUUGGUUGCACUGGUUUUCUUGGAAAUGAAUCUGGUCUCCUCUCUGGAAAUGAGAAGGUGACCAUGCAGAACCUCAACGACCGCCUGGCAUCCUACCUGGACCACGUGCGUGCUCUGGAGCAGAUCAAUGCAGACCUAGAGCAGAAGAUCAAGGGCUGGUAUGAGAAAUUUGGGCCUGGCUGUUGCCGGGGACUUGAUUACGACCACAGCAGAUAUUUCUCAGUCAUUGAAGACCUGAAAAAACAGAUUAUUUCUGCAACUGCCUGUAAUGCCAGCAUUGUCCUACAAAAUGACAAUGCCAGACUGACCGCUGAUGACUUCAGAAUGAAAUAUGAAAAUGAGCUUGCUCUACACCAGAGUGUUGAAGCCGACACUAGUGGUCUUCGCAGAGUGUUGGAUGAGUUGACCCUUUUCACAACUGACUUGGAGAUGCAAUGUGAGACCCUCAGUGAGGAACUAACGUACCUCCAAAAAAACCAUGAGGAGGAAAUGGAAGUCCUACAAUGUGCAUCUGGAGGGAACGUGAAUGUGGAAAUGAAUGCAGCCCCAGGAGUGGACCUAACUGCUCUGUUGAACAACAUGAGGGCAGAGUAUGAGGAACUGGCUGAGCAGAACCGCAGAGAUGCUGAGGCCUGCUUUAAUGAGAAGAGUGCAUCACUGCAACAACAGAUUUCGGAUGGUGCCGGAGCAGUCACAGUAGCCAGAAAUGAGCUGACAGAACUGAAACGCAAUCUGCAGACCCUGGAAAUAGAACUUCAGUCCCUUGUGGCUCUGAAACAAUCCUAUGAAUGUUCCUUGGCUGAGACCGAAGGAAAUUACUGUUUUCAACUCCAACAAAUUCAGGAUCAGAUUGGGGUACGGGAGGAAAAUUUACAACAGAUCCGAACAGAAACAGAGGGCCAGAAGAUGGAGCAUGAACGGCUUCUCAAUAUCAAAACAUUUUUGGAAAAAGAGAUUGAAACAUAUUGCAACUUACUAGAUGGAGAAGAAAGAAAAAGCAAAUCCACAUGUUAUAAAUCAAAAGGAAGCAGGCCUAUAAAUUCUGGAAAUCAAAUCAAAGACUCAACAGAAGAAACAUUCAUCAAAACAGUAGUUGAAGAACUAGAUCAACUUGGGAAUGUCCUUUCACUGCGAGUCCACUCAGUUGAAGAAAAAUCCUCUAAAAUAAGCAACAUUACAGUGGAGCAACGAAUACCUUCUAAAGCAUCAUGAGGGAAAGUCAUUUUAAAAACAAAGCAA